AAAAUAAGUAAAAGAAAAAAGAAAAACAGCAAACUUCACCAGUAGUCUUUUCAUCUUCUUUGACAGUGGUAUAAUAAGGUUGAGAGUAUGGUUUGCUUCUAAAUUACUUAAACCCAGACAACCACCUGAAGAAGAACAACAACAACAUCAUCAAUUAGUCAUCACCCAUUUCUUUCAAUCUCCCACCAAAUUCGGGACAUACCCUUUUCUUCAAAGGUUUGGUCCAACUGUUCAUUAGAUCUUCUUUUCUCCCUUUCUCCAUUUUUAUUUUUGUUUUAUCUGUUCUUCAUUUUCAUUUUCAUUUUAAUUUUUAUUUUUUUGGGUAAAACUGCACCUUUUGGGUGCCCAAUUGUAUUUUACAUUGAGGAGUGAAAUAUCUUAGCUUUGUAAUUGAGUGAAGGGUUAUUUUUAAUUUUUUUGACUCAAAGCUGUUUAUAGUUCUGGGAAAUUUUGCCUUUUUGGGUUCAUUUAGCAAGUAUAUAUUGAUGUUUGGGUGAAAUUUGGCUUGAAGAUAGAUUGAAGUAGGUUUGUUGAUCUCAUAAUGGGUUCUGGAGAUUGGUUCAAGACAAAGAUCUUUAGGAAAAAAGCGAAGCUUGACAAAUCAAAAAAGUCGAAGGGAUCUUCAGCUUCCGACAACCAAGGCGAGAAAAACAAUGCUAAUGGUGGUCGGGUUAACCGUAAAACUAAUGGUGCUCUUGUGAAACUCAGUGAAGAUGUUGCAGCAACGAAGAUACAGACUGCUUUCAGAGCCUAUGCGGCAAGGAAAGCUUUACGGCGUAUGAAAGGGAUAAUAAGAUUCCAGAAACUAACACAGUUCCAGUCUGUUAAGAAGCAGUCAACAAAUACGUUGAAUAGUCUGCAUUUGUGGAGUACGAUACAAACUCAAAUUAGAGAUCGGCGGCAGUGUAUGGUAAUUGAAGGCCGUCUUAAACAAAAACGGCUAGAGAACCAAAUAAAACUUGAGGCCAAACUACAUGAUUUGGAGGUGGAAUGGAAUGGUGGUGCUGAUACAAUGGAGGAUAUUCUGUCAAGGAUACAUCAAAGAGAAGAAGCAGCAGUGAAGCGGGAGCGAACCUUGGCUUAUGCAUUCUCUCAUCAAUGGAGGGCAAACUCUAGUCAAAAUCAAGGCUCCGAUGCUUCUGAACUAGGGAAAGCUGAUUGGGGUUGGAGCUGGAAAGAACGAUGGAUUGCAGCUCGUCCAUGGGAAAGCAGAUUGUCUUCUGAGUCAACCGGCCCUAAGAAGGGGCAAAAUAAGCUUACAAGCAAGGCACGGAAAAGUAGUAACUCUACAAGUACAAAAAAGUCAUUUCCUUCUAAAACAGCAGUACUAAAUGGAAAGGCACCUGGAAAACCCCGAAGAGUGUCCUUCCCUGGAGCUGAAAAAGCAACCAAACAAGAAGCAAUCACCAAAGUGCAAGAAAACAAGCGUGAGUCAUUGUCUUAGACGUAAAAAAUCACAUUGUCAAGCAUUCGUGUAAAAUAAUCACUGGUUUUCAUGCGAAGAAUGACUAUUUUUUUUACUCUUGCAGAUUUAUUCUUAAUGUUAUAUAUACUGGGGGGUGGUGUGAAAAAUAUGUUUUGCCAAGUGAUGGCGAGUACAUGUGUUUAUUUUUUUUCCCCUUUUGCCUAUAGCAUCCAUUCUGUUUGUAAAUGUUGAAGAGAGAUAUACUAUUUAUGGUGUAAAUACAAGAUAAUUUUUUGAGGGGUUUUGUCGGAACUAGUGAAAGGACAUGUCUGUGUUGAUUCAGUCUAUAAGACUCAAGGAAAACCAGUA